AUGACAAUUACGACAAACCUACCUAAGGCCCCCACAAACGCCCCCAAAAAUACUCGUUCUUCUCAGUAUAUUCAAGUAAUUCACCCUAUAUAUUCAUUUAAUGACAUAUCUCGGAAAGUUCUUCGCGCCAAUUACCCUUCAACUCUACGUAGUCGAAAUAACCCUACUUCAAAUAAUCCCAACAGUGAUACAUCAAACUCCAAUUCAUUACCAGGAAAUGACGACAUACCAGACAUAAAUGAAAUCCUUGAAGUUUUAAUUUCGACAAAUUUAAAUACAAGCAAUACCUUCGAACAUGAUCUGGUAGAUUUACUAGUAGCUGGGUGUCAGGCUAUUAAUCCUGGAGAAGAACACGUUGCUUCAAAAUUUAGCAGAGUUAUAUUUACUUUUUGUAGCAAACAUAUGGUAAAUCUUAACGGGAAAGUUAAUGGCAACCAAAUUCCAUUGGAUCUUUUAGUCAACUUUCUGCUUGACGCGUUUACCAAAGCUACUCAAUCAAUCUAUGUUGUAGACAUAUUGAGAGCAUUAAGUCAAGUGUUACUGGAAAAUGGGGCUAAUUGUCAAAAGCUUCACGGGAAAAUCUUAAAAACGCUUCUUCCGGUCGCAGGAUGUGAUAAUCUCAAUUAUGAAAUUAGACGUAUGGCUAUCAAUUGUCUAGGAAAUUUAUGUUUUCGUAGUGGCACUAAAUUACAAGGGAAAUAUAAAGAUAUCUAUGGAGUCCUUUUGGAGAACCUAUCCGUGCAAGAGAUCAGAAGAGAUGAUAGCGCAUUAUUAAAGGUCAUUAGUUGUGCACUCAGAUCUCUACAGUUAAUAAUAAAUGAAGAUAAGAGUGUGUUGGCAGAACCUUUUCGGCCUACUAUCGAGGCCAUCAAAAGAUGUAUAUUUUUUAACGUAGAUGAAUUGAAGAAAUCGGCGCAAAAUUCAGGCGGUAAUAUGAGAAAAAAUAGUAAUCCUGCAUCGCCAACCUAUAGUCGACACGUUCGUACCAGAUCACUUGGGCGCACGUGGAUAAGUUCCGAUUCUGAAUUAUCUGAUGGGGAAUUUACACACAGUCGUAAAAGACAUGAAGAUUCCAGGAUCAGACAAAAUGCUUUGGGAUGUCUUCAAAGCAUUGCAAAAUCUUCAGCCAAGCUACUGUAUCCUUACUGGAAUAAUUUUCUCCCUGACACGCAUGCUUCUUUAUCAACGGCACCUUCAUUGCUCACGCUAAUUUUAUACGAGAACACGCUAGCAAUUCGCAUUGCUGCAUGUUCUGCUAUAACUGCAAUGAUUGAUGGUUCGAAACAAUAUUUAGCGGCAGCCGAUGACAGGGAAAUCAAAUCUUCAUUCACCUCACUAUCUGCUAAACUGGGUGCUAUUGUAAGGGAACUUCAUGCUGGUUUGCUACAAAUACUUGCCAAAGAAAACCAGAGCAAUAUCUUGAUUUAUCUAUUGAAGUGCUGCAACGUUCUCGUCAAUAAUACUACUUAUGAGAGAUUGUCAGGAGGAUAUUUGUCCCGUCUUUAUUAUGCGAUAGUGAGGUUCCUCAAUAAUGAUGAUGUUAAUGUCAAAAUAAUAACAAUGACAUUGAUAUCAAGUAUUGUGGAAUGCAAAUCGUGUGUUGAAGAAGUUGAUAACCUUUUGCGAGCGACAAUUAUCAGCGAUGGUCCAAUACGUGUCAAACAAAAUUAUGGUCAAAGUUUUGAAGUUAUUAAUAUUCUAACUUUCCUUGUGAAGUUAAUUGGUAACGUCAGUCAAACAACAUCAAUCAGGAUCGAGGCAUGGAGCGUUUUGUGCGCAUGUACUAGAUCUCAUUUUGUGAAUGUGAGUCCCAUGUGGCUUCAAAUUACUCCUCUUAUUGAGAAAGAUCUUAAAGCUGAAGAUGCUAGUAUCAGAACGGCCUCGAUAAAUUUUCUGGUUGAGUAUGCCAGAGAAUUGGCUGCCGCAUGUGGAAGUCGACAAAAUGAUUCUGAAGAAGAUGGAGUUGUGAUUCAGCAAUUUCAAAAUGUUGUUAUGCCAGAAGUUUUUCAAUGGUGGAAUACUGUUCUAUCCGAUCAUAUUCAAAUAACCACCGCCGAUACAUGCCACGCCGUAAGAGCUUUAUCCAGCGACUUUAUAUCAUUUAUUCCAGCAAACAUAUUUGCAUCAUUACCUAGUGACAAAAAGAACUUUUGUAUAAAAACUCUACUUGGAUUCACCAAAGAUGCAAAUGCAAAUGUUAGGGCGGCUGCAUGCCGCGGUCUUGGAGUUUAUAUUUUGUUUCCCGAGUUACAACAAGAUACCAAAUUCGCCACAAACAUGGUAUAUUCGGCUAUUGAACAAAUGUCCGAUUCGACUUUGUUAGUCAGGGUUAGAAGUAGUUGGGCUUUAGGAAACUUUAACCCAGAGAAUUCUAAUGUUAGAAAUACUAAUUUGAACGAAUUUUUGAUAAACGUUAUGUGGGCAAGAAUCGUUAAGGCAGGAUUGAAUGCCUCAAAUGAUAACGACAAGGUUAGACCUAAUGGCGUCAGAACUCUGGGUAGUAUAAUUCAUGUUAGUCCUACAAAUUUCCUUGUUAGAGAAGAAAGAGGACUGAUCAAAGAAGUUGUGCAAGUUUUAAUCAAAAAUUUCGAAAAUGGUUCAUUGAAAGUUCGCUGGAAUGCUUGUUACGCGGCUGCAAACAUGCUACGCAACCCAAAUUUUCCCAUCGGCUCUAAAAAUAACAGUUGGUCCACGCAGUUGUAUGAAUCUUUGGCCAGGGUAGUACAAAACUCAAAAAACUUUAAGGUCAGGAUCAAUGCAUGUUUAGCGUUAGCCACUCCAAUGACUCGUGAAAAAUAUGGAGAUGUUACUAUACUUUGCAAAAUUUUGCAUGCUAUUGUGUCAAGUAUUGAAAAUGUUGAUAACUUGACUAAUACUGGAUUUGGAGAAGUGAAAUAUCAGGAUCAAUUGAGGAAUCAGCUAUUGGCAACCUAUAAUCACUUAAUUACUAUAGCUAACCCAGGAGAUAAGAAAUUUAUUGACCCAUUUAUUGAAAGGGUAAAUCAGUGGUCAGCUAAGAGAAAUGGACAGAUUAAUUCUUUGAAAGCUUAG